AUGUCUUCGAAACUCGCCUUCAUCACCGGAGCCACGGGCUUCAUCGGCGCCCAGGUUGCCGCAUCGGCCCUCGGCGAAGGGUACAAUCUGCGAUUGAGCGUGCGAAGGGCAGAGCAGAUCGAGAAGCUCAAGGAUGUUUUCCGCAACGACGCCGAUAGGCUUCAGUUCGUUGUCGUGUCCGACAUCUCCAAGCCCCACGCAUUCGACGAUGCUCUGGACAAGGUUGACAUAAUUUUACACAUCGCAUCGCCAAUGCCCGGAAAGGGGACCGACCUUCACAAAGACUACCUCGAUCCGGCUGUCAGGGGCACGCUGUCCAUCCUGGAGUCCGCCCAGAAGGUGUCCAGCGUCACCAAAGUGGUGGUCAUGUCAUCGAUGCUGGCCAUUGGUCCCGUCGACUUGGUUAUGAACACGGACCAGUAUGUCCCUGCAAAUACCGGCAAAAGACAAGAACUCGACCUUGAAGCGCUGUUCCCCAACAACACGGGUCACAGCAACGUCAUGUACGUGGCCUCCAAGAUUCUGGCCCAUCAGGCGGCGCUGGACUGGAUCAAGGAGCACAAGCCGGCUUUCAAGCUGGUCACGAUCCACCCGGGCUUUGUGCUGGGCCCUAGCCUGAUCCGCAAGACGGCCGACGACAUUGACGGCAUCAACGCCUGGUUCUGGCAGUCGCUCCAGCUGCCGGCGCCCACUUUCCCGCCUGUCAUUGUCGACGUGCGCGACGUGGCCGAGCUGUGUAUCAAGGCCGCCAAGGAGAACCUGCCCGACGGCUACGAGCUGGUUGCCGCAGGCGCGCCGACGACAUGGAAGGACAUGGCGGCGUGGGUGAGAAAAGAAUACCCACAGCUGGAGACGAAGUUGGUGGAGGACGGGCCGGUUCCCUUCAGGGUGGACAACGACGUGCUCGGGAUGAAGUGGCGGCCGCUGGCAGAGACGCUGAGAGACUUAAUCGACCAGCAGCUCGCUUUACAAAAGGGCAACUAA